AUGGAUGCAGAACCGGGGGACGUGACGACGGACGCUGGAGACAAUUUGAGGCUGUCCGAGACCACGUCAGAUGUGCCGCUGGGGCUGCGACUACUGCUGCUGCUGGGCGAGGGCUUUUAUUGUGUGGUUUUUGGGAUAUGCACCCUUUGCUGGACCCACGUCAGCGAUGCCAUAGCCAAAGUGUCGCGUUCUGGGAGUGGCAGGUUUUUGGCUGGUGCCGAGUUUUUACUACCAGUGUCCGAGGUGCUUGGAGCAAUCAUGUUCACACUGAUUGGGUUGACGUUUCUAAAGGCGGAUCUGAAGCCGUUGCUUUUGACCCGGAUACUGGAGCUUCUCAUGAUAAAGUGGCGCGAAGACCACACGGAGAGGUUUUUAGAAACGUCUUGA